UGUCACGUCCACACCAGGGUUCGGCUGACAGGAAGGGAGCCAGUCUCCGCCCUGGGCAGAGACGGGGCUGGCAGCUCAGGACCCAGCUCUCAGCCCCAGACAGAUCAGCUCACUCAGCAUGGAGCUAACGCUCCUUCUGCCACUGCUGGCCGCUCUCCAGAUUCUCCCUAGGCCAGUGAUCCCUGCAGGUGCCCCUGUGGCCCCAUCACUGUCCCUGAACCCCCAGAAGCAGGAGUUCCUCCCUGGAGACACUGUUGAAAUCAAGUGCUCUGCUCCUCCUUCGGUGGGUAGAGUUGAAGGAUUCCAGUACUACAGUGAUAGCGGAAAGGCCAUCUCAGUCCCAGCUUCAUCCAGGAGAAGCCACACUUACAGCAUAAACCUCGCAGGGCCUAAGGAUGAGGGGUCGUACCAGUGCGCCUACUGGAUAGGCCAAGCCGGUGCUUGGAACAGGUCCAGCAGGAGUGAUGCUGUCCUCAUCAGAGUAAAAGACUUCCCUCCCUCGCCGGGGCUGAGCGUGGAUCCUCCAUCCGGAGUGGUGACCGAAGGGCUCCCCCUGAUCAUCACCUGCACGGCCCCCAGCAGUGCUGGCGAGCGGAGGUUUCACUUCUACAAGGAAGGAGCUGAGCUCGUCCCCGGAGAUGUGGGGUCUGAGGUCAGCACAACAGAGACCAGGACCGGCUCUAUGAUGCUCAGCAUCCCACAAGCUGGUCCCAGCUGCACCGGGGAAUUCACCUGUGCGUACGAGGAGAACACGAGCGGGAGGUGGAUUCUGUCCCUAAGAAGUUUGGCUGUGAAUGUUACCGUGACAGGCCACAGCCAUUACUGGGUUCGGGACCUUGCUGUGGGUGGGUCCUUCUUCACCAUUAAUGGCCUCAUCUUCCUCAUCUUCCACCUCUGCAUGAAGGGCAAAGAUGCAGCCAUCUCUGGGGUGGCCUGCGGCAGCUGGACGCAGAUGGUAGAGCACUGCAGGCCAGAGAGAAAUGUGAAUGCAGACUCCCAGGUUCCAAGGAGGAGCACACAGGCAGCUCAGACCCAUUUCAAUCAGAUUACUACUCAGUUCCGAUUCAGUUGGUCACUGGUCAGUCUGGUCAUUCUGCGACCGCCAAGGCAAACCACAUCUCCAGCCCCAUGCCCCAGUCCCGUGGGAAUGAGUACAUGGAAGAGAUCUGAAGGCUCAGAUAUUGACUGUGAAUAUUCCUCCCCUGCUCACAGAUGGCUGGCCAGCUCCACAGCUCAACUGGGUUCAGGGGAGAAUGUUCUGCUCCUGAAAUACUACAGACAAACUGUGUGUCACUUUCUCUGCUACAAAAUUGGGAGAAACCAGAUGGGUGUGUUUUGAAGAAAGAAAGAAAGAAAGAAAGAAAGAAAGAAAGAAAGAAAGAAAUUAUAUUCUCAUUUCUCCUCAGAUCUUCCUUCUCUGUGUAUAUUCAAAGCUGUAUGAAUCCAUGUAAAUUCCCCCCUCUACAGCUUUUAAUUAAACCUUUUUUUUUAGCCCC